GCAUAGCCUCGCAAACACUGCACUAGGACUACUUUUCUUGCUUCUCGCUGCAUUUUGAUAUACAUUUAUACUUAUUUGUGCACUGUAACAUAAAAAAACAGGCGUUUAAACUUUUUAUUAUUAUUAUUUAUAAUAGUAUCUUUUGAGGCAGUGAAGACAUUUUUGUGCGUAUUAUUUUGGCUAGCUAGCUAUCUGCUAUCUCGAUGUUAACGUUAGCGAAGCUAGCUACAUAACCUUCUAGCAGCUUCUGCUUAUUAACGUGUAAUUAUUAAGAGGUUAGAAAGAAAAAAAACUUGAAGGUAUAUAUUAUGAACAAAGAAGAAAUUCAGAACCAGGAGUAUUAACCCUUGUCAGAUGUCCUGAAACGCUUGAGCGCUAUAAGACAGACGGGUAAAAGCACGGCGUUGUGUUUAUUGAUCUCCUCCAGCUCACAUUCACCCCGAACAUGUCCGAGAUCAUCGUCACGUUUCAGAACCAGCUGUCCGGGGUUAUGGAGACAGUCUUUAAGGCGGCUAUAUUUGAGAUCACCAGGCUAGUGGAGGACAGUUUCCUGGAGGAAGUGUCCCGCAGCCGAGAGCAGGUGGAGUCUCUGAAGAAAAAACUGAAGUGGUGUGAGAGCAAAGGCAGGAGAAGAUGUGCUGAGUGUGGAGGCAACAGCAAAGCAUCCAGUGAAGAAAGAGCAGAGGAAGCAGCACCAGGUGUGGAAAACGCUCGGACUCUUAAACAGGAGAGAAAUGCUGAAGAGAGAUGGAGAAGCUGUGAAGUUGAGAAGGAGGUCGAAAUUUCUGGAAUGGUGGAAUCCAACACUGUACCCAGUCCGGUUCACGCUGCCGAGCAUGUGGUUGAAGAGAAUGGAAAACUGGACUGCGUGCUUAAAUCUGAGUCUAUUCAGACUGCCGCCGCUGCUGAGCUACAAGACGAGUGGAAACUGAGUACUGAAGUAACACAAGGCUCUGAGAACACAGUUCAUGAUAAGACCUACAGUGAGCAGGAGCUUCAGCAGAUUCAGAAUGACUGGAGUUCCGGGUUGGAUCAAGCACCUGAACCUGAACCUGAGCCAGACAUGGACCAUAUCCAGGGCCUGCUCUAUAGAUCACGCUACAACAUGGAGGACUUGGGAAGUUAUAGCAACCAAGACCUGGAUAUGGGAACGAUGAACGGCUUAACAGACCCUCCUCAGAGACCUGGAGAGGUUUUGGGAUUUGGGAUGCUAUCGGGUUCUUUGCAGCCCGAGCUUGGUACAUCUGAGGAAUGCAGAAGGCAGCUGAAAAAUAAACGUGCAAACAAAGGCUCAUCAUCGUUACACAACGCUUCAGGUACAGGUGACAUGGACUGUUUGCUUAUUAAUGAGGAAGGCUUCUUGCAGGAUGUAAGCGGUCUCUCUCAGGCUCAAAGUGUUCAUGCCGCAGACUCGCAAGGACCCCCGAUAUACAACAGAGAUACAGUUAAUAAUAAUACUGAUUGCUUUUACAGCGGAGAGGCAUACAGCCAGCCACUAGAGCUGAAUAACGGGUCUGCGGGAAUGUUGGCAGACAGAGAGGACAGGGAACAUGCUUGCACACAGUGUAUGAUCAGUUUUCCAGACCAGGUUUCCCUUAAAGCACACUUGAAUGGUCACCGCCAUCGCAACAUCACCACUUCUUACACCUGCAACCAGUGUGGAAAAAAGUUCCCUCAAGCCUGCAACCUGAAGGUCCACCAGCGUGUGCACCAAAGGGAGGGUCUGCACCUGUGUAGCCACUGCGGGAAAGGUUACACGUCCUUCAGUGACCUGCGGCGGCACCGGUGCAGCCAGGCCGGAGACAAGCCUUACAGCUGCUCACUUUGCGGGAACAAGUUCAGCCGUCUGUGGAACCUCAAGCUACACCGGCGCAUCCACACUCAGGAGAAACCACACCGCUGCAGCAUGUGUGAUAAGAGCUUCACCCGGGCAGACAUUCUAAAGGUCCACCAGCGCACCCACACGGGGGAGAGACCGUACUCCUGCAGGGUCUGUGGACUCACCUUUAAACGCCUCGACCAUCUCAGAUCACACCAGCGCAAACACGGAGUCAAUCUGAAUAAUCACCAGAACUACAGAGUCUCUCCGGGAGUGAGGAGGUGUAUGGGACGCAGCAGGAUGUCGGAUUCUCUCCUCCUGACGUUUCAGACUCAGCUCUCCGGCGUGAUGGAGACCGUCCUGAGAUCAGCUCUGUGCGAAAUCACCAGGCUGGUGGAGGGAAGCUUCUUAGAGGAGAUCGGUCGCGGGAAACAAGAAGUCGAGGUUUUGAGACAAAGACUGCAAAUCCUGGAAAGUAAACUCGGAGAGAGAGAGAGAGUGAAGCGAGUGAGAUGUACGGACUGCGGCAGAACCGACCUCUCCAAAAAGGACACCCCUGCGAGACGAGACCCCAGGAGGCAAAGUGAAGGUGUGGAGAUGAUUUGUGUUACAAAGCAGGAGGGUGUGUCUGAAGCAGGCAGGAGAAUCUGUGACAAGGGCAGUGGAACUCCAGGUCAAGAAGCAACAACAACCAUCUCUGACCCUGAGCUGAAGACCAAGCUGGAUGGAAUGAAAGCUACAGGGGCGGUUAAAGAGGAAAUUGCAGAGGCCUCGGGUGUGCAGAUCUACCCGACACCACGCUGUCACACCACAGCAGAUCACCGAGUAUCCCAGAGCCACAAUGCUGCAGAAACAUCAGGCAUCCAGACAUCGCAACCUGAGCACUGGCUUCCUCAGAGAGACAACCUACCCAGCACCAGUGCUGGCACUCAGGAUUCUGUGAAACAGAGGGCACAAUCAAAAAAGCCAGAGUCUAAAACCGAGCACUUGGUACAACCAUCACUUUCACAGUCUGAGCAAACGGGGUCUGUGCCAUCUUCACUGUCCCCCACUGUGAACCAGCAGAAAGGCACUGCAGAAUCAGUGGCCAUUAAACAGGAAGUUGUAGUGGUGCUUCCCCCAGAAUGGGAAGAGUUGGACAGGACAAGCACAGGGACCACGUCCACAGCUAGCAGGGUGAGUCAGGUACGGAAAGAGCUCCAGCACAGAGAUCCUCUACCUGCAGGAAGCUCUGAGGAAAGACGUGCAGUCUAUCCAGGACCUUGCGCUAAAGACAGUCUGUCGUCUCAGGUCACACAGCAACUCAGGAUGCUGAUUAAAAAACACCCCAAACCUGCAGAACAUGCCAACACAUUGGCAUCAAGUUCGAGCACCGCGAACAUGUCGCAGGGACAUUCGCUCCACAAAAGUUCCCCUCUGCCAAAACCCCCUCAGGCACUUCCACAACUCCAGCACUCCUACGCAGAAGAGAGAACAGUCAGUGGCUUGCAGUCAGGAAGAAAUCUCGCACAUGCGGUUGGCAUUAGGACUCAGGGCCAUGUCGGACACCACGUAGCAAGGACACAGCACAUCUGCUCACAGUGUGGUAAGGGUUUCUCGCACCUCUGCCACUUGAGAGCUCACCAACAGAUCCACACAGGGGAGAGGCAGUUCACCUGUGGGCUGUGUGGCCGCAGCUUUACGAAACUCAGCAACUUGAAGGCACAUCGCAGGGUCCACACAGGAGAAAGACCCUACAUCUGCAUGGACUGUGGGAAACGGUUUACACAGAAAUGCAAUUUAAAAAGACACCUGAGGAUUCACACGGCUCCCCUGUGACAACCGGGUUGGAGAAGGUCAACUGGUUUGACUGUGCUUGCUAAAGCGUAAAGAUGUUUUGUGUGUUACAGUGUAUAAUUAUUCUAUUGUGCAGCUGUCUCUUGUUUUGUAUUUGGGUGUGUGGGCAACUUCUCCAUCUCUUUUCCAGAUAUGUAAGCAAUAUUGUGCUCAAGACCAUGCAUAGUGUAGUCUUUUUCCCAUAGUCAUACAUGAGUGUCACCACUAUGAAAUAUGAAUAAAGGACCUCUUUUUUUGUAGUUUAUCUUGAUAA